AAAAUAUCUAAACUAAAGAAUUAAAAAAUAAAAAUAUCUAAGAUAAUAUAAUGGAAGAUCCUAGAAAAGUAAUUAAAAAAUUAAAAAUAUCUAAGAUAUUUUAGUAAACUUGCACUAUAAAUACCCAUUGAUGUAAUCAAUUUUUUGUGCAAUGAAGAACAAUAUUCAUUCUACAUAUUCACUCAUCUUCCUCUUCAAAUAAAUCCAUUCACUAUUUUACCAUCUAAAUUUUUCCUACACAAAGAAGACAGAUGCAGCAAGAAAACAUGGGGGUCAGGUUACUACUAUUCCCUCUACCACUUCAAGGCCAUGCUAUACCAAUGUUUCAUCUAGCAAAUCUCCUCCAGAAAAAAGGCUUUUUAAUCACCAUCGUCCAAACCCGAUACAACUCUCCCGAUCCCAAUAACUUUCCUCUUUUCACCUUCCACUUCCUGGAAGAUGGCUUGCCUGCAAACGCCACACCUGCUCCAAACGAUUAUUCGACCGUCCUAUCCGUCCUCAACACAAACUGUUUAACACCAUUCUACAAUUGCUUGUCACAGAUUUUGUGUAAAGCUGCCAAAGACCAGGAACCUAUUGCUUGCCUUAUUGCAGAUCCUAUGUGGUCAUUCGCAGGAUCUGUUUCCAGUAGACUCAAACUGCCUAGGAUCACACUGAGAAGUACUAGUAUGUCUGCCUAUUUUGUGUAUCAUUCCUUGCCGUCAUUAAGAGACAAAGGCUACUACCCUCUGCAAGAAACUAAAUUUGAUGAGCUAGUGCCGGAGCUUCCACCCCUCAAAGUCAAAGACCUACCUCCAGAGGCAGGGCAAGACCUAUUGGCUGAUACAGUAAAGGAGACCAACACUUCACAAGGAAUCAUCUGGAACACAUUUGAAGAACUUGAAGAUGCCUAUAUAACUAGAGUUCGGCAAGUCCUUUCCAUUCCUAUAUUUCCAAUAGGCCCAAUACACAAAUACUCGCAACAAUCUCCGGUGAACAUAUGGGCACAAGAUCAAACUUCUAUUUCAUGGCUUAACAAACAAGCACCCCAUUCAGUACUCUAUGUUAGUUUUGGAAGCAUCGCAGCAGUAAGCAAAGCUGAUUUCAUCGAGAUUGCCAGAGGAUUAGCUAACAGCAAGCAGGCUUUCCUAUGGGUUGUUCGACAUGGACUGAUUGAAGGAUCAAAUGAAAAUAACCCACUCCCUUUGCCAAAUGGUUACUUGGACAUGAUAGGUCAAAGGGGACAUAUAGUCAACUGGGCACCACAGCAAGAGGUUUUGGCACACCCUGCUGUAGGAGGUUUCUGGACACAUUGUGGAUGGAAUUCAAUUAUGGAGAGUAUCAGUGAAGGGGUUCCAAUGCUUUGCCUACCCUGUUUUGCUGAUCAGACUAUGAACAUGAGGCAUGUAUGUGAUAACUGGAAAAUUGGGUUGCAGCUAGAAAAGGGUUUGAAAAGUGAAGAAAUAGAGAGGGCAGUCAAAAAACUGUUGGUGGAAGAAGAAGGUGCAGCAUUGAGAAACAGAAUCAAAGCUUUGAAAGAAAAGGCAACUCUUUCUCUAAAGGAAGGUGGCUCCUCAUACAAAUCCUUAGAGGAUCUCACUAACUACCUGUUAUCACUUUAGGAAAAUUAUUGAUUUGCAAAUUAAUGGCAUAGUUUGGUUGAGAAAGGGUUGGUUAACAUUUAGAGGCUUAGACUUGCUUAUUCACUAAUUAGUGUGUAUGGUGAAAAAAGAAUAGAAUAAAGAAUUUGGUUGAAUCCUAUAGUUUCAUCAAAAGGUUUUGUACUUCUCAAAGUAUUAUCAACAAAUUACAACUAAUAGGAACCCUCUCAGACA